CCAGCGCGGUGCAUUGUGGGCGUGAGACGUGGUGCGAGUUGACGUGGCCAUCUUUGCUCCGGUUCUGAGCUGUGUGGCGGAACCGGGGACAUUUUCACCAAUAUUUGACGCGCAAGAUCACAGGAUUUCGUUUUCUUACACGAUAUAGAACCUAAGUUUACGUUUAGACCAUGCUGACCAAGUUUGAGACCAAGUCGGCCCGCGUGAAGGGUUUGGCUUUCCACCCGAAGCGGCCAUGGAUCCUCGCCAGUUUGCACAAUGGGGUUAUCCAGCUCUGGGACUACCGCAUGUGCACUCUCAUCGACAAGUUCGACGAACAUGAUGGACCUGUCCGUGGCAUCAGCUUCCAUCAGCAGCAGCCCCUGUUUGUGUCUGGAGGAGAUGACUACAAAAUCAAGGUUUGGAACUACAAGCAGCGCCGGUGCCUCUUUACUUUGCUGGGCCAUUUGGACUACAUCCGGACAACUUUCUUCCACCAUGAAUACCCAUGGAUCAUCAGUGCUUCAGAUGACCAGACAAUUCGAGUCUGGAACUGGCAGUCCAGGACUUGUAUAUGUGUGCUGACAGGACACAACCACUAUGUGAUGUGUGCCCAGUUCCAUCCCAGUGAAGACAUGGUGGUUUCUGCCUCUCUGGAUCAGACUGUCCGUGUCUGGGACAUAGCUGGAUUGCGGAAGAAGAACGUGGCACCAGGACCAGGUGGUGUGGAGCACCGGCCUGACAACACACCAGAUCUCUUUGGGACCUCUGAUGCAGUUGUGAAGCACGUGUUGGAGGGCCAUGACCGUGGGGUGAACUGGGCAGCCUUCCACCCUUCCAUGCCCCUGAUUGUGUCAGGUGCUGAUGACAGGCAGGUCAAGCUGUGGAGAAUGAACGAGUCCAAGGCCUGGGAAGUGGACACAUGUCGCGGCCACUACAACAACGUGUCCUGUUGUCUGUUCCACCCCCGACAGGAGCUCAUCCUCAGUAACUCUGAGGACAAGAGUAUCAGGGUCUGGGACAUGUCCAAGAGGACGGCUGUACAGACCUUCCGUCGUGACCAUGACCGAUUCUGGGUGAUGGCAGCCCACCCCACCCUCAACAUCUUUGCAGCAGGUCAUGACAGUGGGAUGGUCAUCUUCAAGUUGGAGCGAGAACGUCCAGCCUACGCUACAAAUGGAAACAUCCUGUAUUACGUGAAGGAGCGCUAUCUGAGGCAACUGGACUUCAACUCCUCCAAGGAUGUGGCUGUCAUGCAGCUGAGAAGUGGUUCCAAACACCCAGUGUACAGCAUGUCUCAUAACCCAGCUGAAAACGCAGUGCUCCUGACCACCCGCACCCCUAACGUUGAGAACAGCACGUAUGACCUGUACGCCAUUCCCAAGGACACGGAUUCCUCCAGCCCCGACGCACCGGAGGGCAAGCGCUCGUCUGGUCUGCGUGCAGUGUGGGUGGCACGGAACAGGUUUGCUGUUCUGGACAGGACACAUACGAUCUUGAUCAAGAACCUGAAGAAUGAGAUCACUAAGAAAGUGCAGGUGCCUAACUGUGAUGAUGUGUUCUAUGCUGGUACUGGGAUGUUACUACUGAGGGAUGCAGACAGCAUGACUCUGUUUGAUGUGCAGCAGAAGAGGACCCUGGGCACUGUUCGUGUCUCCAAGGUCAAGUACGUUAUCUGGUCCAGUGACAUGUCUCACGUGGCUCUUCUCAGCAAGCAUGGUGAGUCAGCCUUUGUGUUUGGAGAUAUACUAAGAAAUGUAAUGGAGAAACUGAUGUUCAUUUGCUUUAUGUUUAGAAGUUUGUAUGUCUCAAAAUAUCUAUUGCAUCAUUAUCUCAGAGAUUUUUUCUUGAAGAAACAAUGUGUGGCUAGGAAUCUGUUUCAUGUGGUGAGUAUUACAGCAAGUGUUGUUUUCACAGUCAUUGCUAUCUGCAACCGUAAACUGGACAGCCUGUGCACCAUCCAUGAGAAUGUCCGUGUGAAGAGUGGAGCAUGGGACGAGAGCGGCGUCUUCAUCUACACGACAUCCAACCACAUCAAAUAUGCCAUCACAAAUGGUGACUAUGGUAUCAUCCGUACCCUGGACCUGCCCAUCUACAUCACCCGUGUGAAGGGCAGCAGUGUGUACUGCCUGGACAGGGACUGUCGGCCACGUGUCCUCAGUAUCGACCCUACAGAGUACAGGUUCAAACUGGCUCUCAUCAACAGGAAAUAUGAUGAGGUUCUACACAUGGUCCGGAAUGCCAAGCUAGUGGGUCAGUCCAUCAUUGCCUACCUACAGAAGAAGGGGUACCCCGAGGUAGCCCUGCACUUCGUCAAGGACGAGAAGACCCGCUUUGGACUGGCUUUGGAAUGUGGCAACAUCGAGGUUGCCCUGGAGGCUGCCAAGGCCCUUGAUGACAAGAACUGCUGGAACCGUCUGGGUGAGAUGGCCCUGCUGCAGGGGAACCACCAGGUGGUGGAGAUGGCCUACCAGAGAACCAAGAACUUCGACAAGCUGUCCUUCCUCUAUCUCAUCACAGGAAACCUCGACAAGCUGCGCAAAAUGAUGAAGAUCGCUGAGAUUAGGAAGGACACCAGUGGACACUACCAGAAUGCCCUGUUCCUGGGAGAUAUUGCCGAGAGAACCAAAAUUCUACGUGCCUGUGGACAGAAAUCGUUAGCCUACCUGACAGCUGCCACCCACGGACUGGAGGAGGAAGCUCAAGCCAUUCGGGAGACCUUUGACCCUGAAAAGGACAAGCUGCCUGAAGUGGAUUCCAGUGCCAAGCUCAUGGCCCCACCACCACCUUGUCUUCAGUGGGAAACCAACUGGCCUCUCCUGACAGUCACUAAGGGCUUCUUCGAGAGCGCCAUGACCCAGAAGGGCAAGGCACUGGCAGCAGAACACGAGAUCGAGGAUGUGGCUGGAGGAGCCUGGGGAGAUGAUGCAGAGCUCAUCAUUGAUGAUGAGGGUGGCUGGGGUACACCAGGUGAGGGUCUGGAUGAGGAGGGGCUGGGUGGAGAUGGAGAGGACGCUGGCUGGGACGUGGGGGACGAGGACCUGGAACUGCCUGCAGACCUGGAUGUUGGUCCAGGCCCGGCCAUGGGAGGGGAUGAGGAGGGCUACUUUGUCCCACCCACCAAGGGUGUGAGCCAGGGGCAGGUCUGGUGCAACAACUCCCAGCUUCCUGUGGACCACAUCUUAGCUGGAUCCUUCGAGACUGCCUUCAGGUUGCUGCACGAUCAGGUGGGAGUUGUGGACUUCUCCACCUACCAGAACAUCUUCAUGUUGACCAUGGCUCGUGCUCGCACUGCCUACAUCGGCGUCCCGUCACUGCCUAAUUUAUUUGGCUAUCCACACCGAAACUGGAAGGAAGCGGGUGCCCGUGCUGGCCAGGCAGCAGUAGGUCUGAAGUUGAACGACCUUGUGCAGAGACUACAGCAGUGCUACCAGCUGACCACGGGGGGGAAGUUCCAAGAGGCAGUGGAACGUUUCCGCAGCCUCCUGCUGAGUGUGCCGCUCCUGGUGGUGGAGAACAAACAGGAAAUCUCUGAGGCACAGCAGCUGCUUGCCAUCUGUAAGGAGUACAUCGUAGGCCUGUCCAUGGAGAUCUCCCGCAAGGAGCAGCCCAAGGCAACACUGGACAACCAGAAACGCAUCUGUGAGAUGGCAGCAUACUUCACCCACACUCAGCUGCAGCCCAUUCAUCUCAUCCUCACCCUGAGGACGGCUCUCAACUUGUUCUUCAAACUCAAGAAUUUCAAGACAGCAGCAUCGUUUGCAAGAAGACUGUUGGAGCUGGGUCCCAAACCCGAGGUGGCACAGCAGACACGGAAGAUUCUUCAGGCCUGUGAGAAGAACCUGACUGAUACACAUGAGCUGGAGUACGACCAACACAAUCCAUUUGACAUCUGUGCAUCUACAUACAAGCCAAUCUAUAGAGGGAAGCCAGUUGAGAAAUGUCCCCUGUGUGGGGCAUGUUACCAGCCACAGCUCAAGGGGUCAGUCUGUACCAUCUGCAAGGUUUCAGAGGUUGGCAAGGACUGCAUAGGACUUCGUAUCAGCCAGAUCCAGUUCAGAUAAAUGCCAUACACUGCAGUACAGGCACAUACUUGUAAUAGUACUUUACACACCAGCCUUUUGUCUAUACGGUAAGAUGGGGGUCCUUGGAGAUACACUGUACAAUGUACUAUGUACAUGAAGAAAAUAGUUGCUCUACCACAGAUAGCAAAGGCUAGUCUUUGUAUGGAUUCAUUGCUUGAAAGUAUACUACAAACGAGGCUGUCAGUUGGGAAAUCAUAUACACUACAUGUGAACUCGGUACCAUUUCUUUAUUGUACCACAGAAAAUGUUUUAGUGUUGUCUGAAUACAACUGUCAGUUGCAUCACGAUAGCUACCUAGUAUUAAUAAGACUUGGCAGAGAAAAAUUAGAUGGGGAUAACAUACUUUUAUUUCUGGGCUAUUUCAACUAGACACACUAUUGUAUACAACAUGUAUUGAAAAUAUGAGCAGUAAAGCUAAUGCCAAUCUUUCACUCCGUCAGCUUUUUUAUUUUUCAGUUCCUUAUUGCAACAGGUGGCCUUUGUAUAUGGAUGUGACUUAUACAUGUAGCAGUUCAAUUC